AUGGUAGAUACACAACCAGCCAGUCUGCACUCACUACCUGCUGAGUUGCUGGAUAUGGUGUUGAUACUGCAGCCGCAACUCGCAAAGACAUGUAAAUACCUCUACAACCUCAAUCUAAAGAACGAUUUCGCCAUCGUUAGAGGUCCGGGUUGCAAAAUACGCGGGGUGUCCCACUACACAUUCUCAGAAACUCCCGUUAAGCUUAUCGGUGGUUUUAACGGGCAGCUGAAACGAAUGACGAUACUACCGUGUGCAGAUUACAUCAGAAAGCUUUACGUGAAUAUGCACAACACCAAGUCAGGUAAAAUGGGCUCGUAUAUCAACACACUAGCUAAUCACGUUUGCGCAUUCACCAACCUCCACCAGCUGACAGUAACGUUGAGUUCCCUUUACCACAUACUUGCUAUGAAGAAUAUUGUCAUGGAGAAUAUAUCCACGCUGGUGCUCGAAUGCAGGAGUUUCUACCUCGAAGAUAGUGAGCCGGAUGAUGUGGUGGACUUGCUGCUCACCUCCUUCCCCAAUCUCGAGAAAGUGCUCUUGUACGCCGGGAAUGACUUCAGAGGCUCGGCGGAGAAACUUAAGAAAGUGUUUAGCGAGAAAAUGCCAGCCUCUAGAUACCUACAAUAUGCUGUUAUAUUAUAUAGGAGCUGGAGCAAUGUCUCCUUGACAUCGACAAUGGUUUACCUCAAUGAAUACAUACGGGUAGGUGGAGGUGGACGUGAACACGGAAAUUUGAAAUACACACGCACAGCUCUCGCCCCAAUAUGCACACCAAAUCUGCUCAAGGUAUCACCCACUAUCAGCCGCGUUCUUGAGAAGAUGGCAGUGUCUCACGAUAUAACCCAGCUGCAUCACAUCACGAUUGGAUAUGAAUGA